AUUUUUUUGAUAAUACAAGUGUGUAGGUUGCUUAAAAUUUAAAUAUACGCUGUGUUGCGUAGAAAAAUAUUGUACUGCUCUCUAUUCUGGUUUCAUGCCAACUCAAUGCAGACCGGAAACGGUAGCUAGAUCACAUUCUUGGGUGCCUUCCAGAAGUCAUCGUAUAACAUCUUUUUAAUCUUUUUUUCUUUACUUUACAGAUAUCCUAGGGCAAUUUUGUUUUCAUACUACUUUUUGAAUUGAUAGCCUUCAAAAUGAAUCGUGGCCGUAUUUACGACUUCAUCCAGAAAGGAUCGGUUUCCCUUUUGCUAUUUGGAACUGUUGGUGGUACUGUUAUGCUUGGUCAAUCUUAUUUUGCUCAUAGAAAGCGCCGUUUGGCUGCUUUGGCGGAGCAUCAAAAGAAUUUGCAAGAUGAAAAGUUUGCUGAAGAUGAGUUUAACCAAUUGGACUUGAAGUAAACAACUGCGUUUCAUGGUUUUUGUCCCUUACCUGCUUUAUUCGCAAAAUCCCCGUUUCAUACUUUUUCUCCUCUUCGCUUUCUUUUCUACUAUUUUUCAGGUAUUAUGCUUUAUUUUCUUAGAAACUUAAAACUUUUUUUCUUUGGUUUAAUCAAGUUGCAUCGCAAGGAUGAGACAAGGAUAACUAUAUUUUGAUAUUCAUAAUAACAUCGAUAAAUUAUUGUGAAAACAGGAAGACGAGUUUCGUUCAUACCUUCCAUCCACAUGCUAUAUAUCUUUUUACAUGAAAUUAUUGUUUCUUACACUUUUCAUACGUCUUUACCAAUAUUAAUACUUAUACUUUACUAAUCUUAUUGAAAGAUUAUCAAGAGCAUUAACUUGCAGUAGUCAUACAGAAUUAUACAUAAACAUAAAUAAUAAUAACAAAGAAUAUUAUUGCA